UUUAUUUUUCUACUUCGAGGCGCCUGACACCAAAUUUUCACUUCCUUUUCUUCGUCUUCUCAGCAAUAUACUUUCCCCUUACCAUGAUGUUUUCCGGUAUGUCAGAUUUAACGGCGACCUGGUUAUCGCCGGCCUCUCUUUUCAUCUUCAUCAACAUAACCAUCGCCAUCAUCUUCCUCAUCUCCCGCCUCUGUCCUCACAAAACGCCCUACGUCGCUGACGACUACAACUCUUCAUCAUCCCUACCGCCGUCACUCCACCGACCUCCGUCGUUCCUCAGCCGCAUCAAGUCUUUCAACUUCUCGACGUACAGGUUUCCUCUUUCGAACCCAGACAUCGAUGACGACUCAGCAGCCUAUCGGCUGGAGCGGGCCCCGUCGGUUCUCGAACGAGUCAAGUCCUUCAACUUCUACAGAUAUUCAUAUUCUCCUCAAAGUCCAGAAACGGCUUGUAUUGAACCGGUUCAACAAUCACUACUCAGCCGAGCACCGUCGCUCUUAGAGCGAGUGAAAUCGUUUUACAAACCGGAUUCGGUUAAACCAAAAGAAUCCGAACUCACUGGAACUGAUUCGAACUGUUCAGAAACGGGUUUAGGUCCGGUUCAUGGUGAAGUAAAGGGAGUCCAAUCAGAGCCUACGGUAACACAAAGGGAAUUAUCAGAGAAGAUGAAGAAAUCAAGGCGCAAGGUGGAAAAAGAAGAGGAAGAAGUGGAGAAGACGACGCCGUUUCAAGACGAAGAUCAUAGUGUUGAUGCUAAAGCUGACGAUUUCAUUAACAAAUUUAAGCAGCAACUUAAGUUGCAGAGAUUGGAUUCUAUUUUGCGUCACAGGAAGUGCUCAAAUGGCAAUUCAACGUGGCAGUUAAAAUGGGUUUCAUUCGACCAUGAAGUUCCCAACAUAGCUGGACAACCAUAAUAGUAAGCAAUUAUAGAGGUUGGUGCGUCCAUUUCUUCUUCUU